AUGAAGGAUGAAGCGGGCAGGCCGUUUAUCAUUGUCAGAGACCAAGGCAAGAAGCAGAGGCAACACGGCAACGAUGCGGUCAAGUCCCACAUUCUGGCGGCCAAGACGGUCGCGAACCUUGUCAAGAGCUCUCUGGGACCACGAGGACUGGACAAGAUCUUGAUUUCGCCCGACGGAGAUAUCACGGUCACAAACGAUGGCGCUACCAUUCUCUCCCAGAUGGAAAUCUCCAACCACGUCGCGAAGCUGCUAGUCGAACUGUCCAAGUCACAAGACGAGGAGAUUGGUGACGGAACCACUGGUGUCGUAGUUUUGGCGGGCGCACUCCUCGAGCAGGCAGCGGACCUCAUCGACAAGGGCAUCCACCCCAUCAGGAUAGCGGACGGUUACGACCAGGCUUGCGAGGUUGCUGUGGCCAAGCUGGACGAGGUCAGCGACGAGAUCAACUUCUCCAAGGACAACACGGAAGAGCUGUUCAGGGUUGCAAAGACGAGUCUGGGCAGCAAGAUCGUCUCCAAGGCGCACGACCAGUUCGCCAACAUCGCCGUAGAUGCUGUGCUUUCGGUCGCAGAUCUGGAGCGGAAAGACGUCGAUUUCGAGCUCAUCAAGGUUGACGGCAAGGUCGGUGGAUCGCUCGAGGACACAUUACUUGUCAAGGGUGUCAUAAUAGACAAGGACUUUUCGCAUCCCCAGAUGCCCUCGGAGGUCAAGGAUGCCAAACUCGCCAUCCUUACAUGUGCGUUCGAGCCACCGAAGCCCAAGACCAAGCACAAGUUGGACAUCACCAGCGUGGAGGAGUUCAAGAAGCUACAAAACUACGAGUCGAACAAGUUCACCGAGAUGAUUGAGCAGAUUAAGAACACGGGCGCCAACGUAGUAAUAUGCCAAUGGGGCUUCGACGACGAGGCCAACCACCUUCUUCUCACAAACAAGCUGCCCGCUGUACGGUGGGUAGGAGGCCCAGAGAUCGAGUUGAUCGCCAUCGCCACCAACGGACGCAUUGUACCGCGUUUCGAGGACCUAAGCGCAGAGAAACUCGGAAGCGCGGGUAUCGUUCGGGAACUAACGUUCGGAACUACACGAGACAAGAUGCUGGUCAUCGAGGAGUGUGCAAACACAAGAGCUGUCACAGUCUUUGUCCGAGGCAGCAACAAGAUGAUCAUCGACGAGGCCAAGCGGUCGCUACACGAUGCUCUCUGUGUCGUCCGAAACCUAGUGCGAGACAACCGUAUCGUGUACGGUGGAGGUGCUGCAGAAGUAGCAUGCUCGCUCGCAGUUGAGGACGCGGCAGUCAAGAGCCCUGGUAUUGAGCAAUACGCGAUGCGCGCUUUCGCAGAUGCCCUUGACGCCGUUCCCAUGGCGCUGGCUGAGAACUCCGGCCUCAGCCCCAUCGAAACCCUCGCCAACAUCAAAUCCCGACAAGCCAAGGAGAAGAACUCCAGAUUAGGUGUCGACUGCAUGCAGACGGGAAGUAACGAUCAACAACGUGAUCAUAGCUGGAAAUGA